AUGAAAACAUGCUUCGUGACGGUUGGUGCAACAGCCACCUUUAGCGGUCUCAUCAAAGCUGUGCUCGCUGCUGAUGUCCGCGAGACUCUCGAAAAAUUGGGUUAUGACAGGCUGCUCGUACAGUAUGGACGACACGGUCAAGAACACUACGAUGCGUGCUUCAAAAGCAUGAGUUCUGAUGAGAACAGCAAUCUAAUCGUCGAAGGCUUCGACCUCGACAAGUCUGGCUUGUCCAGUCACAUGAGAGCCGCGAAAGGAACGGCUGAUAAGCAAGGUAUCGUGAUCAGUCACGCCGGCUCUGGUACCAUACUGGAUGCUUUACGAAUUGCUGUGCCCCUUAUUGUCGUGCCGAAUGAGGAACUAUUAGACAAUCAUCAGUUUGAAUUGGCAGAGGCCUUGGCCGAACAGGGCUAUGUUGUCCAUGGCAGGCUCAUGCAAUUAUCUGCAGCGAUACUCGCUGCUGAGGAACUGAGGAAACGACAGCAAUCAUGGCCUCCGCCGAAUUCUGGGACGACAGCUAAAAGUCUUCGAAAUGUCAUUGAUGAGGAAUUGAAUCACCUUGAUUGA